UCCCAAAUGACGCAGACAUAACAGAAUUUCCACUGUUUUUCACUCCUGUUUAUUUCAACUCUAGUGUUCACUCUUACGCGUUAACGCACACGGAUUAGAUCAUCUUCUCAUCUUCUUCCUCAGAAAAUUCCCCCCUGAAGAAAGUUGAGCUCCUCAGGGAAAUCUUGUUUCAGUGAGAUUUUGUGUCAAAAGCUUUCUUCCUCCUAUCUUUUUUGAGGUGGGUUUUGUUUCAAGGAAGCAUGGAAUUGGAAACAUUUUUUAAAGCUUGAUAGUUAGUGUUUCUUUUUCACUUCCGUGGAAACUUGCGUUUGUGUGUAAAAAAAAUCCUCUACUUUUGUCCUCUUUUCAAUUCCUGUUUUGGCCUUUUUGCCACUUCUUCACUUCAGCACUCCUAAUUUCGUUUUCUGCGCCAAAACCCACUUCGCCAAAUCGUCAGAAAUUCAUAAACGAUCAAUAAAAAUUCAACCUUUUUUGUCUUUGAGAACAGAAAAAUGCAAGAUCCAACAAUGUUCCAGGCAAUGAAGCCGCAUUUUCCAGAGCUUGAACAGCUCAAAUGUCCGCGCUGUGAUUCUACCAACACCAAGUUUUGUUACUACAACAACUACAAUCUCUCUCAGCCGCGCCACUUCUGCAAGAAUUGCCGCCGUUAUUGGACCAAAGGCGGUGCCCUUAGAAACAUCCCCGUCGGCGGUGGUACCCGCAAGAACACCACCAAGAAACGCCAGAAGCCUGAUCCUGAUCCAUCCCGGGUCAACCCGACUCGGAAAUCUCAAGAGCCGUCAUCACAUUCACACUCACAAUCAUUGUUGGGAGCAACUUCACAGGAAGCGGACGGGGGUGGCGAUGGUGGUAGCUUGGACGGUGACCCGGGGAGGAUAUAUGGGUUGCCCAUGGAUCAGGAUCAUAAGAUGCUGGACAUUCCAGGGAGCUUCAGCUCACUCCUGGCGUCUAAUGGUGGGCUGGGGAGUGUCUUGGAUGAGUUCAACCCAAGUGGGUCGGGUUUGAAAAUGGUGCAAAUGGGUGGUUAUGGGGAGAGUUUUAAUUCGGGUGGAAGUUCGGGUCGGCCAGCCGGGUUGGAUCUCCAGGGAAAUAAUGGUGGUGGUGGUGUUGGUGAGAGUUAUAUGCAAAGCGGCGGUGGUGAUUCAAGUUGUUGGAGUGGCGGUGGGACUGGUUGGCCUGAUCUUGCCAUUUACACCCCAGGUUCUAAUUUUAAAUAGAGCGAAGCAGAGAGAGUUCUAUUAAUUUAUAAUUUUGAGUUUAAUGGUGUUAAGUAUGGUGAUUAAUUAUGGUAAUUAGAGUGGGCAAAUAUUUAGGCAAUUUUUCUUUUUUUUUUCUUUCUUGAGUGAGGGGUGUUUCAUGUUGGCUUGUAUGUGUUUUGGCUAAGUGCUAAGUGAAAGAUGAAGAAUUUAAAAUUUCCUCAUUUAAUUGUGGAGUA